AUGGAAAUUUUGAAAGCUGCUCGUACAGGAUUUGGUCGCGUUCUUCAAGAUAAGUCAUUUCUACUUGGAAUGCUUAGUUUUGAUUAUAUGCAGUAUUAUCAUGCAUUGAUCGGAUCAACAGCAUCCUGGUAUAUUUAUGAUGUUCAACAAAAUAGCGAACAUGCUGUCGUACAGUUAAUUGAAGAGCGUCCAACUCUUUUGCCAGUUUUUAUGGCCGAAUUAUAUAAUCAGAUUCGUAACUUUAAUAACAAAAUAAAAAUGAUAGUAGACAUAGAUUUCGAUUUAGCUUUUGGAUAUCCUCAAUAUGUUAGUAUCGCUAGUUUAAUUGCUAUACGGAUACCGGCAACAUUUUUUGCUUUUAUCAAAGAUUGGAGCAAUGGAGAUAAUUUGAAACGUGCAUUGUUUUAUGCGAGUAAACAACAUAAUUUUAUACAACGUUCUGCUUGUUUAACAAUUCUAUCAUUAUUGGGUGAGUUAACUGUCGACCUAUGUGAAAUGUUCAUCGAAGCUGUGCGUGAUGAUCCAAAUGUUCAAAACAACUGUUAUAAAUAUAUAAAACACAUUCAUACAAUUAAAGAUGAGAAAAUCGUUUUAAAUCUUUUACUAUCUUAUUUAAAAUCAAAAUCAAUGACAGUUCGAUAUAUUACAGCUAAAAUACUUUUUCAUCUUUCUCAAUCAUAUCUUAUUCCAUAUAAACAAAUUCAAACUAUAUUGAAUGAACUUAUGUUAGAUUCUACUUCAAAUGAAGAUCUAUGGUUAAUUAAAGAGCAACAUGGUACCUGGGCAGAAUGUGAAUAUUACUAUACUGGUUCAUUGAAAGAUGUUAUUUAUUCACUUCUGGUCCAAAAUGUUACUGGACAUGCAGGUAACAAUGUUCAAAGGAAUGAAUUCAAUGAUAUUGAUUUGGAUUUCAUUGAAUCUGAAAAAGCAUCUCGCUUUGCUUCAUAUAUCUAUGAGAAAAAAAUUGGAGACACCACGGAAUAA